AAGGAGUAUAAGAGGGUGUGGAGGCUAACUGCAUUCUUAGAACUUUCCAAACUUUUCCUGUGAUCUUAUGAACCAUGGCAUCCUGGCUCUUGUCAGCUCCAUUGGCUGUACGUCAGCGGGAUCCCUCCAGUCUUUGGCAGACGCUAUGCACAUUCCUCACCUCUUCAUCCAGCGGUCAACAGCUGGGACUCCAAGGAGUGGCUGUGGGACCACCAGGAGCAGCAGAAAUGAUGACUACACACUCUUUGUCCGACCACCUGUCUACAUUAAUGAUGUCAUCUUGAGAGUGGUCACAGAAUAUGCCUGGCAGAAAUUCAUUAUUUUCUAUGACAGUGAAUAUGAUAUCCGUGGAAUACAAGAGUUUUUGGACAAAGUAUCUCAGCAGGGAAUGGAUGUAGCACUGCAGAAGGUAGAGAACAACAUCAAUAAGAUGAUCACAGGGCUCUUUGCCACCAUGCGGAUUGAAGAACUCAAUCGUUACAGGGAUACUUUGAGACGAGCCAUUCUGGUAAUGAACCCAUCAACAGCCAAGUCUUUCAUAGCUGAGGUCGUGGAAGCCAAUUUGGUUGCUUUUGACUGCCACUGGAUCAUUAUAAAUGAGGAAAUCAGGGAUGCAGAUGUGCAGGAACUGGUGAGAAAAUCAAUUGGAAGACUGACAAUUAUUCGGCAGAGCUUUCCUGUACCACAGAACAUCAGUCAGCGCUGUUUCCGCGGAAAUCACCGAAUAUCUUCAUCACUUUGUGAUCCUAAAGAUCCUUUCUCCCAAAAUAUGGAGAUUACCAACCUCUACAUCUAUGAUACUGUUCUUUUACUGGCGAAUGCUUUCCAUAAGAAACUGGAGGACCGAAAGUGGCACAGCAUGGCAAGUCUGACAUGCAUUAGGAAAAACUCAAAACCAUGGCAAGGAGGGAGAUCCAUGUUGGAUACAAUCAAGAAGGGUGGAGUGAAUGGCUUGACAGGAGAACUGGAGUUUGCAGAAAACGGUGGGAAUCCCAAUGUUCUUUUCGAAAUUCUGGGCACCAACUAUGGAGAAGAACUGAGCAGAGGUAUCCGAAAGCUGGGCUGCUGGAAUCCUGUCACUGGCCUCAAUGGGUCCUUAACAGACAGAAGGCUGGAGAAUAACAUGCGUGGUGUGGUUCUUCGUGUAGUCACAGUGCUGGAAGAGCCAUUUGUGAUGGUGUCCGAAAAUGUUUUGGGGAAACCAAAGAAAUACCAGGGCUUUUCGAUUGAUGUCUUGGAAUCCUUAUCCACUUACCUUGGCUUCACAUAUGAAAUUUAUGUUGCACCAGAUCACAAGUAUGGGCGCCCCCUGGAGAAUGGGACCUGGAAUGGACUCAUAGGAGAACUGGUAUUUAAGAGGGCUGAUAUAGGCGUUUCAGCCUUAACCAUCACGCCAGACCGAGAAAAUGUAGUUGAUUUUACCACCCGUUACAUGGAUUACUCGGUGGGUGUGCUGCUGCAGAAAGCUGAGAAGACGAUGGAUAUGUUUGCCUGCCUGGCACCAUUUGAUCUCUCCUUAUGGGCCUGCAUAGCUGGCACAGUACUGCUGGUUGGACUGUUAGUGUAUCUUCUAAACUGGCUCAAUCCUCCCCGUCUGCAAAUGGGAUCCAUGACAUCAACAACUCUCUACAACUCCAUGUGGUUUGUGUACGGAUCCUUCGUGCAACAAGGAGGAGAAGUCCCCUACACAACCCUGGCGACACGGAUGAUGAUGGGUGCCUGGUGGCUCUUCGCCUUGAUUGUCAUUUCUUCCUACACAGCCAACCUGGCAGCUUUUCUGACCAUCACUCGGAUUGAAAACUCCAUCCAGUCUCUCCAAGAUCUCUCAAGGCAAACCGAUAUUCCUUAUGGCACUGUUCUAGAUUCAGCAGUCUAUGAACACGUCCGGGUGAAAGGCAUGAACCCAUUUGAGAAAAACAACAUGUAUUCCAAAUUGUGGCAGAUGAUUAAUCGAAGUAACGGAUCUGAGAAUAAUGUGCAAGAAUCCCAGGCAGGCAUCCAAAAGGUCAAGCAUGGAAAUUAUGCUUUCGUAUGGGAUGCAGCAGUUUUGGAAUAUGUUGCACUGAAUGAUCCCGAUUGUUCUUUCUACACUGUUGGAAACACUAUAGCAGAUCGGGGGUAUGGGAUUGCCCUCCAACAUGGAAGCCCCUACAGAGAUGUAUUUUCACAAAGGUAACAUCUAUGGACAGACAUGACACCUUGAAGACAUCCAUCUUGUUUUCAAUGGGGGGGAAAAGACAACAGCUUACUUGUCCCAU